AUGUUACCUCUCGCUCAAUUAGAGUUGGGAUUCCUCAGUCUCGCCUCGUGCGCCCAUGCAGCCUAUGUGCAGUGGCAGCCGUGCCCCGGCAUCGAUGCGCACACCGAUGCCGGAUUGGUUUUCGAGAGCCUCGGACUGGGCCUGUCGCCUUCCGAAGACCACGGAGGCGGGAGAGAUAUGGACUUUUCCAUCCACUCGGCGUUAGAUAAUGAGACGAAGAAGUGUGCCGACGUUGCCAACGACCUCUCAACGAUACGGGUCGAUCUCCGAAUGCUCGGUCGAGAAGUGGCGACAUGGGAUGCGACGCCGAACGUGACCUGCAGGACCACAGACGCGAAUCUUUCCCCCAUGAGAAUCGCCGCGAAGACUUACAUUGGGACACUUCCUCCCGUGUCUACGUUCUACCUCUCUUUCCACCUCUUCGAAGCCGAACAGAGGGGAGGAGGCGGCGGCGGCGGCAGCAGCAGCAGCAAUGUCGAGGCGGGCUGUAUGACGGCGCAAAUCACCCCGGCCAUAUCUUCCCCGAUCGCGUCCGCCCUUCGCUAUGGUCCAGUCGCGCUUUUCCUCCUCGUCUUGAUCACUUCUGUGGCAAGGACGUUCUUCGAUGACACCAAGCCGCGCGAGGACUCGGACGACGGCCACGAAAGAAGCCAGACAGACCAAACCCAAACACCAAAGAGGCUCCUCCUACCAGGCCUGGGGGAUUUUCUUCACUAUCUGCAGUUCAUCUUCCUAUCGGGUAGUCUGAGCCUUCGCUACCCCGGAUUCUAUCAGCCCGUCGUAAGCCACCUCAACUGGUUCUCUCUCUUCAGCAGCGCCGGCCCAAUCAAUCGCUCCUAUCAGUACCGGAGCGUGAAUGACGGCAUCUACGAAAUAAACGGCACGUACGGAGGUACGCUAGGAUUCGAAUUGAUGACGCAGAUCGUGGGCGCUCCCAUGACGAUGGAUCUCUGGUUAAACAUGAUCCUUCUCCUCGCCAUUCUCGCCGCCGUCGCGGCUGGAAUCGCCGGUCUAGUCGUUAUGCCGGGGUCCGCUAACCGACGUUGCUCCUUCUGGCAUUCCGAAAGCGCCGCCGACGAGCACGAGCGCAGUCUUGCCGAAAGCGUAAAGUCCACCACAGCCCAGGUCUUCAGGGCCAUCCUCUCGUACUUCAUGCUCCCGCUAGUAGCCCUCUCAACCUACCAGCUCGACUACGCCGGCCUCUUCCCCGCCUACCACACGGCGCUCGCCUGUGGCUUCCUCGUCCUGAUCGCCGCCGCCUUCGCCUGGCUCCUCUGGCAAAUCCCGACUCGCAGCCUAGGCGUCCUCGUCUUUGAUAAUUCCAAGCAAUAUAGCCGGCUCGACUCCGACUCCGCGUCUGUGCGAUCCGCCGAGACGUCUUUCGUUUUGAUCCUCUUCGUUCUCAACUUCAUCCGCGGCGUGGUCAUCGGCGGCUUGCAGAUUUCUUCCAUCGCGCAGAUCUUCCUCCUCAUUGCCUGCGAACUGUUCCUCUUGGUUAGCAUCUUCAGCCUGCAGACGUAUGAUGUCCUUUCGGUUGGCGUGGGUUGCGCCUUGGUGAGGCUGGCCGUGUUGUCUCUGAUGAUUGUCUUCCUGCCCGGCGUGGCUUCGUUUCGGGUCAAGGAUUCCAUUGCGUAUGGGAUACUUUGUGUGCAUGCGCUGGCUCUCUUCUUCUUUUUCUUUGUUCCUGCUGGACGUCAUCUCUGGAGGCUGUGUAUCGACCGCCUGAAUGCGGAGCGUCCCGAGGUCUACGGUCUUCGCCAACUUCGACGCCGUGAAGUGUCCAAUAUGAACCUCUCAGCUGCCGUCGUGAACAGUAGCAGCCCCGCCGCUCUAGGCUGCCCAGAAAUCAGUCUCCAACCCGCUCUCCGCCCCGGCACCCCCAGCACACUCCACCUCGACACCGCCUCCUUAACGGGCCCCUCUCGCUUCUACCGUCCGCCUAGAUCGCCAUCCCUACACCUAUCGAUAGACUACGGAAACAGCCGCGGGAGGCCAAACCUGCCCUCCUCCCCAUCGACGCCCACAUCCCACAACCACCGACAAGGGCUAUCCGUAUCUCACACGAGCUCAUCUCCCACAACCACUAGCGCCUCUGAAAGUUCGCAACCCUCUAGCACGACGGAGGCCGGGCCGGAGGACUUUCGAAGAGUACCUCUUGGACCACGGUGGAACGACUACUCUUUCCGCGAGGCGGAUCUUUACUACGCGCAGCCUCCGCGGAGGAAGGCUACCGCGCCGUUGGGUAAUGGCCCGGACACGGGUUCGCUUCCGACGAGGUUGUGGCGGCGGUUGUUUUCGGGAGAUGCUGGUAGAAAUAAACCCACUGUGGGCUUUGAGGUAAUUCGGCCCGGGGUGAGCGAGAGCACGAUACGCUUGAAUGGGCAGUCGUCUACUUGA